UAUAAAUGCUUUACAGCAUGAAACUUGAAUGUUACCAUGGAGCUAUCGACUCUAACAAAACGAUGAGUUUAUUUACCCACUCAAAAAUUGAUUGUAGAUAUGGUUAUAUACUGCUGACUAUUUGAGCUACGGAAAAUAUAAUUUGUAAAAAAUCCGUAUUUGUUAAAUAAACUGUACGUGAGUGAAUACUUAAAAAAUGGAAAAAAAUCAUUGUGAGAAUCAAAUCUCGGGGAGCGUUGUAGAUGAUAACGGAAGGACUCGAAGUUCGGAAAAGGAAGCUAUAAUGUGGCCAAGUGAGCGCAUUCCUCAAGGAGGAUUUUUUCACAGUCCUAAAAUUGAGUACAGCAAAGAGACUGCAGAUUUGUUGAAAGCUCUUAUGGCUGAGUCCAAAAUGUCGAUGAUGAUGCGAAAAAAGAUAAACUAUCACUUACGUAAUGGGGAGCCAUUGCCCAAACCUGAACCACCAACUAUUAACACAAAAGAUCCCGAAGCUGGGGCGCUUGAUAUUCUGCACCGUGCUCAUCUUGCUAAACGAAAGAGUCUUGAACAGAUUUUAGCUAGUGACGCUUACAAGCUACCCCCGUUCCGUCCGAGACCCACGAAUCGGAUGCCCACGGAAAAAGAGAAGAAACUUCUGCAAGAGGCAAUGUCGGGAAUGCGGCUUGCAGAAACAUCAGUGAAGGCAAAACGUAAACCACGAAUUAGAACGGACUUUCAAGCUACGGAAGAAAAUAUAAUUGAUGAACUUUUAGAUCAAAUUAAUGAACGCGCGAACUGGUUGGCUGAAAUGGAAGAAUUAGGUGAUGGUAAGCGCUUUAGGAAUGAGGUUCGUGAACAAAUUGCUGAACGGCUUCGCCAUAUAAAAGCGCUGGAAACGAAAAUUCAAAUUAAAAAAAGUGGUAUUCGGUUUGUGGAAUAAAGGGCAUAUUUUCGUUUUACAGCGAUUAACUGCGCCAGACACUAUUUCGUUUCAGUGCGAGUUUAGCUUGUGCAGUAAAACAUGGUCUCAUUCAAUCGUUUCAAUAACUUGUCCUAAAACAAAAAAUUAUUGACUUAUAGAAUUUUUGUGGAAAUUAUUGUG